GUGUUGUACAGACAGUGUGCUACAGUAUCGUGAUGUUUCCUCACUAUGUGUCGCUGUGAGGAGAGAUCAGACCUGACGUUUACCUGAGAUUUACCAUCAAUACACAAAUACAACCGCUUUUCAUUUAGCAUUAAAAACAGAUUUGUUUUGUUUCAUUUUCGAAGAGAUCUCGAUUAAUAUCAGUGAGUUAAAAUCUCUCUUCAGUGUUUUUCUCUGUUUUGCGUUUCCGGUGCGGCUUCGACUGUAAACCAGCAGAAUCGGACUUUAGCUUAUUAAUAACAUCACCUGACCUGAUCUUGCAUACAGUGAGUCUACUGCAUUAUGAAGAAAACAAUACAUCUCAUUGUUUUAUUGUUUGCAGUGUUUGUGUCUGCAGGUGUAUUUGGUGUUGAUACUGAUGAAGCGAAGAUGAUGUCAGUGAUGGAGGGAGAUUCAGUCACUUUAAACCCGUGUGUUAAGGAUACCAUCCAGAAAGAUGUUAUACGGUGGAGAUUUGUAGCCUCGCGUGUUGCCGAGAAGGAAAUGAAUAAAAAGCCCUCUGAUGGCAUCACUCUAUAUGAUGGUGUUGAUGGGAUAUUCAGAAACAGAUUGCAUGUGGAUCCUCAGACUGGAUCUCUCACCAUCAAAAACAUCAGGACCAACCACUCAGGAUUUUAUGAAGCUGAGCUGACCUCCAUUAAAUCUGGAACAAUCAGAAAACUCUUCAAUGUCACUGUUAUUGGUGUGUUUGAUCCACAUUCAUAUCAACUGAAGUCAGUGUCAGUAAUGGAGGGAACAUCUGUCCAACUUAAAACUUAUGUUACGGUGAAGAAAAAUGAUCUGAUGCUGUGGAAGUUUGGAAAUGCCCCCAAACAAUGCUCGUACAAUUCGAUCCAUCACUACCCGUGUCUCAGCGAUCUCACUGAUAUAGCCAAACUGGAUGGAGAAACUCAAGAGAUCUCACUAGAUAAUGGUGAAGAUCAGCUAUUCACUGAUAAUCUCUCGCUGGACAAGCAGACUGGAGAUCUGACCAUCAGAAAUACCAGAACUCAACACAGCGGAUAUUAUGUUCUACAGAUCAGCGGAAACAAUGAGAAUCGAUACAGGGCAUUCAGUGUUACUGUCAGUGCAGGUACAGAAUCACAGCCGUGUUCAAAAUGGAAGACACUCACUAUAGUUUUCUCUGUAUUGGGUUGUCUAGCUGCACUUGCAGUUGGUAUAAUCUGUCACUGCAAGAACAAUUCCACAAAAAGAAAACUGAAUAAUGCAAAAGAUGAGACACAAGAACUGAAUGAGACAAAGAGUCAAAGUUCUCCUUAGUAUAACCUUAAGUUUGUUCAACAUCCGCAACGCUUAAAGCAAAUGUCAAACAUAUAUGCUUUGCUUUCAUGUGAUUCAUGUUUGUAUUUUUUAUUUAAAAAAUGGAGCAGCUCUUGACUGAUAAAUAAAUGAGAAUGUACAUAUUA